CUAGCUUUAUCCACGCGUAGAAUAAACAGAUCCUCUCAGAACACUUCAGAGAAUAGAACAUCUUGAAUCGGAGAUGAAGACAACAUUUCAAUGACCUUCGAAAACUCAGAAGUUACAAAACGCUUUCAUCUGUGCCAACACGUUCAUUUACGGUCCAAUGACAACAUCAUUGUGCUUGGUUCAGAUUUAACCCCAUCACACUCAUGGCAGCAUGUUUGACAAUUUCUUUCAUCAAAUUGACAAAGAGCUUGGACCUCUUAAUCCUGACUGGUUUGAGGAAUUGACUGCAAAAGCUUCCAGAGAUGAAGGACGUACUGACAGUUCAAAAGUUGAGGAGGAGGAGACUGUCAAAGUACCAGAGACAUCAGCCCUGGCCAGUCAGCUGUAUUCUACACCCAAAAUAUUCAAGCAACGAUGCUUUCAGUCCCCUGCUUCCAUUCCUAAUGAAGAGUCCCCUUAUGAAGUGGCUAAUGGAGACUCAACAGCUUUUCCCUGGACAGAAUCAAGCCCUUGUUUGUUUGGUUCAGCCAAAGACGGUCACAGGUUUGAUAGAUCCUGUGAAAAACCUAGAGAUUGCUUUGGCCUUCUGGACACACCAAAAAGGUCUUUGGCACGUUCAGCAAAACAGAUAUCUGAGAGCCUUGGGGCACAAAUCAACCCUGACCUAUCCUGGACCAGUUCCUUUAACACACCAUCCUCUUUGACUCCCACUGUGAUGUUGCCCAAAACAGAGGAACGCGCUCCAUCAAGUGGCCUCAAAGACAAGGAAGCAAUUUUUGUGCGGAAACUCUUCCCGUCUCUUUCGAAAGGCUCUGAAAGCAAUGCAACAUUGAGUGAUACAACACUAAAACAAGAUGCCAAAAGUGAGACUAUUCAGGCUGAUGAACUGGGAGAAAAGCCUGUUUGCUCUCCAAGUACAUCUCUUGAUACAAGUGGUCUGUGGAAGCAGAAGGUUCCCAGUGCUAUAGAGGAUGGGGAUGUCCGCAGCACAGUGCAGAAUGUUCUUGAUGGUGCUGAGGAUGUGCUGUCAAUAUUCUUCAGCAACAGCACUUCAACUCUGCGAAGAAUCAAAACCAAAGAGAGGAUCAGAAGGAGAAUAACCGAUUCCUCAAAGGAUGUCAAAUCAGUUGUUCUAACUUCAGAACCAGAAGAGAAAUUAAUGGAUGAUGUAGAAACAAAAAGCCCAAGCAAAAAUAAAGAUAGCAUUCAAUGGACCCCACUAAGUUUAUCAGAAUCCAUUCUUAAUGGAGACUGUCCGGACUCGUCUUUGAUAAACAAUCACAACACUGUAGCAUCCAGUGAAACUAAUGGUGAUACUGUUUUCAACUGCAUUGCAGAAAGUAGCCAAACUUUUUCACAGAGUGUAAGACUCGAGUCUUAUCCAGAAGGAGCUCAGCGUCAGAAGUCUUUGUUAGACAAAUCGCCUGCUUUCAUGCUUUCUAGAAAGCCCAGAAAGUUUGUGUAUCAAGUGCCAAGUUCAGAUCUGUCAAAGACAGUAACUGGACACAAAGAAACUCAACCAGUAUGUUUGGAUCAAAUGCCCAAAGAAAAUUCCUCAGUUGAAGAGGAGUCUAGUGACCUUAAUGAAUCCACAGUCGCCAGUGAAAAUGCAGUCGAUUAUCAUACACAGCCACAAGACGUCAAACAGUUAUCUGCAGAAAUCCAUGAUCUUGAUCUUGGAUUGGAUACGACACAGCUUUCCAAGGCAUUUGCAGAGGAUUUCACACAAGAAAUAAUGCCAGGAGCACGGCUUGAUGUGACUCUACAGUGUGACCAAAAUGGCCAAGUGCAACAUAAAGCAGAACUUGAGGAGAAGAACAAAGAUGGUAGUCACAAGGACAUUUCUAAUUUAGCAGACAUAUCUGUGACCACUCCAAACAAGUCAACAGUCACGCUUACAACUUUUGAAAUCAGUCACGACAGUGGUUGCCCCAGCACCUUUUCCGAUUUGGAUGGUACGACAGCCUUGUGCGCAGACAUCAAAGAGUUUUUUCCUUCUUUUAAAACGGCAAACAACAAGGACAUUUCCAUACAGGAUGAGGAUGAGGCUAUAAUGAAGGCCAAAGCAUCAUUAGAUGAAGCUGCAGGGGAUAUUUUGAUCAACACCUUAAAUGGAACUACUCCAAAACAUUAUCAGACGAUAGAAACAUUGUGCAAAUCUGUUUCAGGAAGCACUAAUCCAAAUAGAUCGCCCACAGGACAGUCCAUCUUCUCUCACCAUGCAUCAAGAGUGUGUGUUAGUGAUGCUCCAAAGAGGGACAGUCCAAAGAGUUUGAAAAUUAAUAUUUCAAGCUGCUCUUCACUGCAGUCAAAUGAAUCCGAUUAUAAAACCGGUUCAAAGAGGAAUAUUACAGUUUCAAAUGUUGGCUUUCAAACAGAGACUCUUUUGAAAGAGGAAUUGGGGAGAGGUUCAGACUCAUCAAAGUGCAUUCAUCAAAAUUUGGAUUUUAAAAGAAGUGCUGAAAGACAGACUGUGUUCGACAUUAGCAGCACACACAAAUCCACCGUAGUGAACUCCAGCCGUGAUGGUGAUGAGGAGAAUGGCACUUUGACAGCAUCUCAAAAGGCUGAUGUUACAGAAUUGUGCAAUCUUUUGGAAGAAGCAAAUAGUCAACAGGAAUUUACCCAGUUCAAACCGACAAAUCCUGGCUCAGACAACCACACUACAGAGAAAGAGUGGGAUCCCGAUGUACUCAGUGGAAUUGACUUUGAUGAUAGUUUUAGCUGUGAUGUUGUGAAAGGAAAGCAUCCCGUCAAGACAGACACUUUUUCAGUAAAUGGUUCUAAUCGCAUUCAAAUUGAAGAUGCUGCCAAAUUACCAUGCACCAUGUCAAAGAAAACACAAAAUGCAAUGGUGCCUUUGUCAGUGGCUGAAGACAGUUCUUUAGUUGAUAUGAAGAGUGUACCGUCUUAUUUCAGUGAUAAUACUCCAGUCAAUUGUUUUGGUUUUAAAACAGCUAAAGGGACAGCUAUGAGCGUCUCAGAAAAGAGUUUAAACCACGCAAGGCACUUUUUUGAAGAGGACUAUCAAAAAGCCAUAUUUAAUAGGGAAGUCGAGGUGGAUGUUGGAUUAAUAAAGCCAGAGCAUGCUGAAACAGAGCCUUCAGUCAAUACUUCUGACAAUAUGAACACAGAAAAUAAAACCUAUGUUCAGACUAAACAAGAUGGAAAUUUCAGCUGUGGAGAUGUAAAUAGAGCUUGUAAAGAGAUAAAUAAGCAACUGGCAGGAAAUGAAGGAACCGAGCAGAAUUGUUUAGGUGAAAAAACAGAUGUUGUUUGUGUUCACUCCAGUAGUCAUUUUGGAUUUAGUACAGCUAGUGGAGCAAAGCUGAAAGUGUCUGAAAAGGCUCUUUUGCAAGCAAGAAGACUUCUUAAUGAUGUUGACAGCUUAGAGGAGUCGCAAACUCACAAACUCGUUUUCCAUGCUUCUGGAAAACAUGAUACCUCUAUGUCAACAACUAGCCUUAAGAAAACAAAAGCAGUUUCUUGGAGUAAUACCUCUAUGAAAAUAAGUCAGCCACACUUAGUAACUGAAAUAUCUGAUGGUGUGGAUAAUCCUUCCUUCAACAGUGUGAAGGUCUUUCAAGAACAGAAAUCUAGCAGUGAUCCUAAAGAAGUUUUUGCAAAGAUUUUUUCCUCAGAAACUUUAUCACCUCAGUCAGAGGAAGGCUAUGGCUUUCAGACUGCCAGUGGGAAAGGAGUUUCCAUUUCAGCAGUGGCCCUUAAGAAGGCAAAGGCCAUAUUUAAAGAAUGUGAUGAAAAUAUUGACUUGGAAUCUGCGAAAAUGGAGGGAACGAAUGGCAAACUGGAUGUUGAACUCAAACAAGUAAAUCUAUUUACUGCAAAUUGUAAAAGCAUGAUAUUUUCAAAUGGGUCUCCCAUGGAAGCCAACGCUGUUCUCAGAGACUCUGACCUGACUGAUGACCUCUCGUUGCAGCCCUCUUCAGUCCAGCAACCCCCUCAGGAAGAAGUAUGUGAGGAGAAAGACCUUCAAAGUGAAUUUUCUAAGCAUCCUUCUGAGUUGCUUCCUCCUAACGGCAACUGUGCUUUCAGUACUGCCAGUGGUAGGAAGGGGUCCGUCUCCGCUGGAGCACUACAGAGAGCUAAGGAUCUGUUGUCGGAAUCUGUUGAUGGUUUCUCAUGUGCUGAUGGAUCUCCAAAGACAAAGCAGGUGCUUGAUAUCCAUAUGGACACUAGCUCUGUAAGAAAACACAAAGGAUUCUCUACAGCAGGAGGGAAGAUGGUGGCUAUCUCUGCUGCUGGACUGCAAAAGGCAAAUAAUCUCUUUAGAGAUUGUGAAGAGGAGAGUUUAUCAUCUGAAGAUCUUCAGCACCAAUGUAUCAGUGAUCUCUCAAAAAAGCCACUGACUAAGGUACGGGCGGCAUUUGCAGGCUGCAGUGAUGUCUCCUUCAGCCAUGAGCAUGAGACUGGGAAUUCUUCAGGAAAAAACAUAGGAUUCUCUACAGCUGGUGGAAAGAAGGUGACUUGCUCUGCUACUGCCCUGCAAAGGGCAAAGAGUCUUUUUAAAGAUUGUGAAGAGGAGAGUUUUGUUUCUAGGAGUCUUCAGCAUCAAGGCUGUAAAGGUUUUAGCACUGCCAGUGGCAAAGAAGUUACUAUCUCUGAAAAGGCACUGAGUGAGGUUAGAGCGGCAUUUGCAGGUUAUGAUGAGACUUCCUUGCGUCAUGGACCUGAAAAUUCUUCAGGAAACAACAUAGGAUUCUCUACAGCAGGAGGGAAGAAGGUGGCGGUCUCUAUUACUGCACUUCAGAGGGCCGAGAGUCUUUUUAAAGAUUGUGAAGAGGAAAAUUUAUCAUCUAAGGAAGUCUUACCUCAAACUAAGAGUUCUGAAAACAGUGAGGACAUAGUAGAUGGAAACCUAAAGUCUGAACAAAUAAACAAGAACAAUUAUGGUUUCAGCACUGCGAGUGGUAAAGGUGUGUGUGUAUCAAAAGUUGCCCUUGAGGAAGCUUCUAAAUUAUUCAGAGAUUGUGAUGCCCAAGUUACUGUCACUGAUAGCCAGCUGCUACAGGGUGAUUCCUCAAAAUGCCGUCCUCAACAUAAAGACAGACUAACCGAAAGCACUCUACACCCUUUGCCAUCUAAAGCAACUCAGAAUGAACCUGCACAACUAGACUUGCACUCUUUGAAUUUUAACAGUUGCACAGAUACCCAGCAGAAGUACUUUGAGCAGGAAGCAAUGGCUUGCACUAAAGCUUUACUGGCAGAUGAUGACCUGAAUGAAUCAGCCAGUUUGGCAAUGACAGAGGACAAAAAAAUUCCAUCUGUUCAUGAUCUACAGGCACAGGGAUCUUUUGCCCAGAACAGAAGGAAGCGUCCAUUUGAUGCCAGAAACAUAGCAGAUUCAGGUCAGCCUCCUUUGAAAAGACGACUUCUCUCAGAGUUUGACCAAACGUUAGCUGCAAAGACCUCAGGCCUCACACCACUGAAAACCUGUCCAAACGGAACUCUAAGAGACAGGCGUGUCUUCAGUUAUAAUGUCCACCUCAAGCCGAAUGUCACUGGUCCAGAUUGGCAUCCUGUGGACCAAAAGUCAAAUAACCUCGAGCGACCAUGUUCAACUGUAUCUGUCCAAAACAGACACAACUCAGACCAUAAAGGAGGGGUGUUUGUGUCCCCUUUUCAAAAGGGUAUGAAGACUGGGACAUCAAACUGUCAAGAUGUCUCUAAAGUGUCCACUGGUUUUAUACCACCUUUCAAGAAGGAAAACAAAGAAACAACUGAGCAUAGAAAUCAAAUAGACCAAAAUAUGACUUCUACAUCACAUAGUGAUAGUGUUGCACAAUACUGUGAUAGGAAGAGUCUACUUGAGGGUUCUAAACCUAAACCAACCAAUUCAGUGGAAAGCAUACCUUUGAAAAUCAUGGACGUUGAAGAGAAAGACCCAGAGGCAUGCCGAGAGACCUUGAACCUAGCCAGGGAUAUGCAAGACAUGAGACUCAGAAAGAAGAAAAAACAGUCUAUUCGUCCCCUACCUGGCAGCCUUUACCUUGCUAAGACUUCGGAUGUCCCCAGGAUAGGUCUGAGAGAUGCUGUGGGACGCAAAUGUCCUGGUCAAUACACACAGGAGGAGCUGUAUCAGCAUGGUGUACAUCACAAUGUCUUACAAAUGACAAGUGAGAAUGCUGAAUCAUUCAGAUUUGACUGUAAUGACUUCUUCAAACAUGAGCUCCUCAUGGAGUCUGGUGGUCUCCAGCUGGCAGAUGGAGGCUGGUUGGUUCCAGACAAUAAGGGUACUGUGGGCAAAGAUGAAUUUUAUAGAGCAUUGUGUGACACCCCUGGUGUUGAUCCCAAAUUGAUCAGUGACGCCUGGGUAUUCAACCAUUACCGAUGGAUUGUAUGGAAACGGGCCUCCAUGGAAAGAACUUUUCCAGAUUUGACGGGUAGCCUGUGUUUGACUCCAGAGCAAGUACUUCUGCAGCUAAAAUUCAGAUAUGAUGUAGAGGUGGACCACAGUCAGAGAUCUGCACUCAGGAGGAUCAUGGAGAGGGACGACACUCCAGCUAAGACAUUAGUGCUCUGUGUAUGUGGUGUUGCUCAAACUUGUCAAAAUCCCGAAAAGCCAGUGAAAGAUGACAAAACUCCUAAUGCAAAGAUGGAGUCCUGUGUGGUCUGGCUCACAGAUGGCUGGUACUCCAUCAAAGGCUUGUUAGACCCUCCGCUCUCUGCCAUGCUAAACAAGGGCCGUCUCCGAAUCGGUGAUAAGAUUGUGAGCAGUGGAGCCGAGUUGGUUGGUUCCCAAGAAGCCUGUCCUCCACUGGAAGCUCCUAAAUCUCUGAUGCUAAAGAUUUCAGCCAACAGCACAAGACGAGCUCGGUGGGACACUAAGUUGGGGUACCACCGUGACCCUCGGCCUAUUAGCCUCCCACUAUCAUCACUGUUCACUGCUGGAGGUGUUGUUAGCUGUGUGAACAUUGUGGUGUUGAGAAGUUACCCCACUCAGUGGAUGGAGAAGAAGCCCAAUGGUGUUUUUAUAUUUCGCAACGAUCGUGCAGAAGAUCGAGAGGCCAGAAAACACAGCAACUCCAAGCACAAAUCCAUGGAUCUUCUUAUUUCCAAAAUACAGACCCAAUUCGAAAAAGAAAUGGAAGGUAAAAAGAAAAGUCGAGGCCAAAGGAGGACAUUUAGUCGACAUGAGAUUGAAGCUCUGCAGGAUGGGGAAGAGUUGUAUGAGGCAGUGGAGAGGGAUCCUGCUGUUGAGGCCCAUCUAAGUGCGAGACAGAUGGAUGCAGUGCAUAAGUACAGAUGCUGUUUGGAGGAAGAGAGGCAGGCAGAGCUUCAGGAGCGUGUGCAGAAGGUUGUAAUGGAAGCCCAGGCGGCCAAGGGUGGGUGUCCUAAUCGAGAUGUCACUCCUGUUUGGAAGCUCAGCAUUACUGACGCCAAUGAGCUGCAGAGCAACUGUGUUUACACCCUGAAUAUCUGGCGCCCAUCGCAAGACUUGUAUGGCUUGCUAAGAGAGGGCCACAGAUAUAGGGCUUAUCACCUGGCCACAUCAGAGGGGAAGAAACGCUCAGGCAUUGCUCACAUUCAGCUCACUGCCACCAAGAAAACAUUCUUCCAGGAAGUUGAGGUGUCUCCAGAAUGGUUGCAUCAGCAUUUCCGUGCUCGAGAAUGCGUACGCUUCAGAGAACUUCAAAACCCUCAAUUCAGCUCACCUUGUGGGGAGGUGGACAUUGUGGGAUGUAUUGUCUCCAUAGAGGGUAAACAAGGCCAUCCCCCAUUACUGCAUCUUGUGGAUGAGAACUUUGACCUGGUCUCUGUGAGAACCUACAGUAGUCUGGAGCAGGUAGCUGUAGAGGAGCUGGUAAAGCUGCGAGCACUGGUCGCUCUUAGUAAUCUUCAGAUGAGACCGCUCUCCGGGCCUGUGCCAAGCCUUUAUGGAGGAGAACAAGCAGUAUUCUCCGUAAACCCCAAAGAAUCCCAUCUGCAAGAAGCUAUGACCUGUCUGAAGACUUUUGUCCAGACUUGUGAGCGUUUUUUCAGCAUUGCGGAGGAGAAGGUCUCAGAUGUGGUUCCUUCAGGUGUCUUGGGUUCUUUUCAGUCUCCAAGAACUCCUGGUGUGCAGUCUAAUCCAAAAAUGAAUGGCAGAGUUACCCCACAGCAGAAAAGCAGUGUUUUCUCGCCUUUCACUCCACUGAAUAGGAGAGCUCCUGCAUCUGCAUGUAACAGCGAGGGAAAAGAUCCCAAAAGUUUGAAAAGAAGACGCGGUUUUGAUUACCUGUCACGUAUCCCGUCCCCUCCACCCCUCACUCCUCUGAAAACUACAGCUUCUCCUUGCAUUAACAGGACCUUCAAUCCCCCACGGAGAUCUGUGACUCCCAAACCUCCACAGAACGAGUCACCUCGAGCCUCAUGUCCCCCACCGAGAGAGGAGAAGUGGGUGCAUGAUGAAGAGCUGGCGAUGAUAGACACCCAGGCGUUACUGGAAGGCUGAUGGGAAAAGUGAGACUCUCCUGGUGAAACACUAAAUGUGAGUUGAAACACAAGAAUGAAUUCCAGCAUUCGAGGCAUUACGAACUAUGGGUAAUGAAAGCACUAUUUCUACUGUUGGCAGGAAAUGCAAAUGGCACUGCCGUCUUUGCUUUCUAGUUGCCUGGUUUACUGUGGUUCUCUGAUGGUAAAUAACAUGAAAGAGAUGCAUCUUUUUACAACUACUGUAAUCAUUUUUAAACUUCUUUCUUGUUAUACGUGAUUGUACUACUAUAAGUACGGAAGUAAGCAAUGUUCAGGGAAAAAUGUGUGAAGUAUAUGUAAAAAGUAUAUGUAAAAAAUGUUUAUAUAUUUAAAUUUUUA